AUGCAGCUCUUCGUUUGGGCUCUCCCCUUGCUGACAUUGGUAUGUUCCAAACAGCAUCGGCACAGCAGCUUGUGUGAGAAUGGUUGUGACUGUAGUGGGGAGCUCAGAUUUGUCAAUUGCUCGAGCUCACUUCUUACCCAUAUCCCCACUGACAUCCCCCCUACGACGGAACACUUGGACCUGUCCCUGAACCAGCUGAGCCACAUCACUGCAGUGUCAUUCCAGGCACUCCGCAGACUGAGCGUUCUCCUCCUGAAUGACAACAAUAUUAGUGCUGUGUCAGGAGGGACUUUCUCCUUCCUGGAGAGCCUCCAGAGGCUGGACCUGAGCCACAACCAGAUCUCAGCCCUGAGCGAGGGUUUCUCUCUGGGCCUGGGCUCCCUGAGGGAGCUGCUGCUGGUCCACAACCAGCUGACCAGCCUGGAUCUAGGAAGCUUCCUGCACCUGGACAGCCUGCUGAGACUGGACCUGAGCAGUAAUGCUAUUCAUUCAAUCCAGGUGAGGGCCUUCAGCUGCAUGAGCACACUCCGCCAGCUGCACCUGCGCAACAACCAGCUCAGUUACCUAAGCAAUGCCAUCUUCUCCACCUUCCGGUCCCUGGAGGUCCUCGACCUGCGGGGUAACCGCAUCACCAGCACAGAGGUGGGGGUCUUCACACCCCUCAAGAGCCUGGCCGUGCUGGACCUGUCCCACAACGGUCUGAGCACCAUCCAGUUUAAGACCUUCCUCAGCAUCCGCACCUACAGCACCCACAUCCUGCUGGCGCACAACCCCUGGAACUGCGACUGCGACCUGCAGAGGGUGUUCAGGAAGCUGCGCAGCGUGCACAGGCUCUUCCUGGACGACUACCUCAACCUGAGCUGCGGGGAGCCGCCCGAGCUGCGGGGCUACUGGCUGAGCCAGGUGGACACAGAGCUGUGCAUCGCCGAGACCGUCACCGUGCUCAUCAUCACCGUCACCGUGGUGAUCACCGUGCUGGCAGCCAUAAUCAUCGCCGAGAGGAACAGGAAUGACAGCUCCACUAAGCAGUGGAGCGAGGAGAAUGACAUGUACUGUGACUCUUAG